GAUAGAACACAUAACUGUAGAAUAUUAUUGUGCUAGUACUUCUUAUUUAUUACCAGAAGCUAUUGAGGAAAUUAUUCAAUCUCAAGAGAUGCAACUAAUACAUAGUGUUGUUUCUUCUAAAAUAAUGUCUGAAAAUAAUACUUCAGAUAAGAAGUCAAAGAAAAGAAAAUCAGGAUCCGGUACAGAGGCUAGCUUUUUAGCUAAUAAGGUUGGUAUAACUGAUAUUCCGAUAAAAAAAGUAGAUAAAAUGGAUGACUUACGAGUUAAGCUUGCACAAAAUCGUAAAGAAAGAGAAGAAGCUAAACGUGAGAUGAAAAGGGUCUUAGAUUCCAACUAA